UUGUGUUUCAGUUUUGAGUGUCCCGCGUCUCUCUCCGUGCCUUCCAUCUGUGAUCAGUGAUCUAGCCCCUCCAGCAAAUCAUGCAGCUCCUUCUAGUGGUGGCCACCGCGGUGGUGGCGUUGAGCGGCCUGGCUGCCGGCCAGCAGGGUGUGGAUCCGGCCUAUCUGCGUCAGUACUACCAGCAGCUCCAGCAGCAACAGCAACAGGGCCAAUCCGGCGACAGUACGCCCAUCUUUGAGCAAAACUCGGAGCAGACGCAGCAGUAUGUGAGCUCUGGCCAGCAGAUUCGCAUCAAGGAUACGGUGGCCGAGCAGAUCCGUGCCCAGCAGCAGCAGGGAUAUGUGGCACCGGCCCUUAGGGAUUAUCAGCCUCAGUACCAGUCACAGCCACAGCAAUCCGCCUACCGGCCACAGCCUCAGCCCGCUGCUCAGCCUCCCCGCAGGAUUCAGCCCGCCUACCAAGCCCAGUCCAGCUCGAUCCUUGGCAAGGGACAGCACAAGCUGACAGCGUUGCAGCAGCAGCAGCAACAAGAGGAGGAGGAGCAAUACGAUGAUCAAAACUCCUCCUAUCAAUUUGGAUUCGAUGUAAAGGACGAUGAGUUCACCAACUAUCAGAACCGUAAGGAGAUCCGUGACGGUGCCGUGAUCAAGGGCAGCUACUCGGUGGUGGACUCAGAUGGCUUCAUCCGCACUGUCAAAUACACGGCUGACCCAAAGGAGGGCUUCAAGGCUGAGGUUAUUCGUGAGCCCACCGAUAUUGUGGUCAAGAUUCCCACUCCGCCGCCACCCACGCAGCUGCUCCGCGCCGGCGGCCACAAGUCGCAGCAGGAGUAUAGUUCCGGUUCCAGCAAGCAGCAGUACCAGCAUCAGCAGCACCAGCAGCAGCCCCAGUACCACCAGUACCAGUAG